AAGGAAUCCUACCGAGAAAAGCACAUAACACAGAUGCUGGAUUCGACUUGUACUACCCAGGCAAAGAACCAUUUACCCUACUUUCCAACAAAACUACAGUGAUCGACUUAGGAAUCGCUGUAAAAGUUCCCAAAAACAGCAUGAUGCAAUUAGCAUCAAGAUCAUCACUCGCAAAGAAAGGAAUUACU